CCAGAUUAACCCAAGGUCAGCUUCUAUAAGAAGCAACUUUGGGUUUCUUAUCUUAAGACACAGAGUUCAGGCUAUUGGAACUGGAGGAAAGUCCUUUCUAUCUGCACUGGCCAAGUGAGCUCAAGAUUCUCUUCCUGUUUCUUCCCCUCUUCCUCCUCACCUCUGAUGCUUAAGGAGAAGGAUUGAGUCCUAGCUGGCUCUGGGAAAAACCACCAGAAAUUCCCCAGUCUCCAAGCAGGACUACGCUUGCCAAACUUCUUCAUCCAGAAAAGAAGGUAGAAAAGAAGAGAUACUAUCAUGGACAGAUUGAAAGUUAUUGAAGUCUUUGAAGGCCUCUCCUUUCCAGGAAACUUGCACACCCAAGAGACCCUGCGUGCUGCUGUCAACUUCCAGUUCCAAGACACAGAUGUCCUCUUGGUCACCUUCCCCAAAUCAGGUACAAACUGGAUGCAGCAAAUCCUGAGCCUCAUCUUCAAUAAAGAGAACCCCCAGCAUGCCCAAAACCUACCUACUUGGCAACGUGCCCCUUGGAUUGAGCAAAUAUAUUUAUUGAAUUACUUGAAUGAUAUGAAGGCAUCCAAAGUACGCCUUCUCACCACUCACUUCCAUGCCAGAUUACUGAUCCAUAACUUGAAGAAUACCAAAACUCGAGUGGUGUAUAUGGCACGGAAUCCAAAGGAUGUCCUGGUCUCCUACUAUCACUUCCACAAAUUGGCAAAGUUUAUGCCAGAAUUCGAUUCCUUUGAAGAUUUCUUUGACCACUUCUUGGAGGGCAAAGUGUUCUAUGGUUCCUGGUUUGACCACAUAAAGGACUGGUUAUCUGUUCAGCAAGAACUGAAUUUCUUUCUGAUCACUUACGAGGAGCUGUCCCAGGAACCUUCCCAGACUAUCCAGAACCUGGCCAACUUCCUGGGCGAACAGCUGGAACCCAAAGAUCUUCAAAACAUUCUGCAUUACUGUAGUUUUUCCUUCAUGAGUCAAAAUGAUCUGCUCAACUAUACUCUUAUCCCUCCGGAGAUAUUUGAUCACAGUGUGGGAAAGUUUAUGAGGAAAGGUGAAACAGGAAACUGGAAGGAACACUUCUCACCUGAGCAGAAUACCAGAUUCAAUCAGGUCUACCAGAGAGAGAUGGGCGAUCUCACCAUUAAAUUACCCUGGUCUCAGGAAUAACCAGGAAAACAAAACCCAGACCCUUUAUCUCAUGCUUCUUGUAAUAAUGCUUUACCUCUACUCUGAUCCCCUUUCCAUCCUACAUUAAUAAGCUAUAGAGUAUCCUCUAAUAAAGAGCCUCAUGUUCUUUAUGUAUAAA